AUGAAGUUGUUUGCUGGCCUCGCUUUGCUCGCUGCUACUGCGACUCAGGUUGCUGCACACUAUCGUUUUACUUCAUUGCUCGUCAAUGGUGCCAAUACCGGUACAUAUGUCAACGUUCGCCAGAACACGAACUACAACUCGCCUGUAACCGAUGUGUCUUCUACGGACUUUACAUGCAAUGCUGGAGGACGUUCGGCAGGUUCGACUUCUACUGCUACAGUCCCGGCCGGGUCCACGAUUGGCUUCGCCUUGGACCAAGCUAUCUACCAUGCGGGUGUCAUCAACGUGUACAUGGCAAAGGCCCCAAAUACAGCAGCCAGCUUUGAUGGGUCCGGAAACGUCUGGUUCAAAGUCUACCAGCUCUCCGCCGUCACCAACGGUGGCAGCACUAUCACAUUCCCAGCGGACAACCUAACCCAGGUAACAUUCAAGAUUCCGAGCACACUCCCGGCUGGCGAAUACCUAGUCCGCAUCGAGCACAUUGCUCUGCACGCCUCGAGCUCUUACCCAGGAGCACAAUUCUACAUUUCUUGCGCACAAGUCAAAGUUACUGGCGGAGGAUCUCGUACUCCCAGCCCACUUGUCGCGUUCCCAGGCUAUUACAGCGGCCAGGAGCCAGGAAUCAAAAUCAACAUUUAUUACCCUAUCCCGACCACUUACAUCCAGCCCGGACCGGCCGUCUGGAGCGGUUAA